AUGCUGGCGCGGCUUGGGCGAGUGCUCUCGCUGCGCAGGCGGAUUCCAGUCGUUGCUGUUGCGCUCUGCAUGAUGGUCAUGUUCUCGACAUACACGCUGGUGGCGUGGCGCGGUCCCGGGAUGGGCGCGCUGGGAGAAGGGGCGGAUUACGAGCUUUUGCGUGAGCAACGCCAUCUCGCUGGGGUCAAGGUCCAUCCUCCGCAACGGGCAACGCUGGAGGAGCCUGACGCCGGGGUGCCGCUGGGACUCAGGCGGAAGUCUGUCGAAGACAUUGACCGCUUUCUGCAGGAGGAGGACGAGGAGCUCGCUGCUCCCAUGGGGGUGAAUCACCCUGGCAGGCGUGAUGCUGCUGACAUACGUGCGCCGUUGUACAGCAACGCAGCGGCGGGAGCAGCAGAGCAACUAGCACAGGCAGCUCUUGACGCCGAGGCUGACGCAGAAGAGGCGCUGGUGGAGGAGCAGGUGCGGCGCCUGGAGGAGCGCAACAAGCACGAGCAACUGGCCGCGGCUGCUGCUGCGCCAUUACAGCAGGGUGUCAUGCAGGUUUACACUUACGAGGCUUUGGAGGCGUUCCUGGGCAACACUGGUGAGCAUGUGCACCAGCAUCCCAAAUGGCUCGAAGAUCUCCUGAAACUGCAAAACGGGGACCACUCGCACGAGCACGAGCACGAGCCAGAGCACGACGAUUACUUCUUGCUCACAGGAGCAGCAGCAGACGACAGCACUGAGCACCCGUACCACGCGUCCCACAUCUCACUCCAGCCCGACCUCGUGUCCGUCGUACUACCCGUGUUCAAUGGCGCACAAUCGUACUUGAAAGAGGCUGUUGAAUCCAUCUUCAAGCACCAGGUUGACGCAGGCCCGCUGGAGCUCAUUGUCGUUGACGACGGCUCGACAGACCAGACAACCGUCCAGUAUCUUCGCGAGCUCGAAGCAGACGCCGAACUCCAACGUCUUCGACAAUCGUCAGCUGGGAAUCACGCACCAAGUCCUUCCUUGAAGAUCAUCCGUCAAACCAACACGGGGCUGCCUGGAGCGCUCAAUGCUGGCUUUGAUGCGGCGCGUGGCACGUUGCUCACCUGGAUUUCCGCUGACAACAUCCAGCUUCCCUUGUUUGUGGCCACCCUUCGUCGUGCUCUAGAGUCCCACGAAGAGGCAGACUUUGCCUACGCAGACUUUAUCAACAUGGACGCCAACGGCGUCGAUACGUCUCGCCAGGUGGUCGGCACCUUGACAAUGAGUUACGCUCAAAUCAUCAGCCGGAACUAUGGCAUGGCCUCGUUCAUGUACCGUCGUCGCUGCGCAGACGCAGUUGGCAAAUACGACACGAGUCUCAUGGGCACCGAAGACUGGGACUAUUGGCUGCGGGUGCGCCACAACUGCGGACCCUGGGUGUACGCCCCCGUUCCUCUCGUGCGCUACCGCCGACAUCCUCUCUCCAUGAGUGCCACAAUCAAGCUCGACCCCAUCAGGCACCGCACGCGACAGAAGGCAAUCGUCAAUGCCGCUGUCGUUAGCGACACCCUGGCAGCAGCGUGGGGUGGUCCUGUCCAGGCGACGGCCAACACUCCAGGAAGCGCAGCCACGUUGGAGCCCGCUGCCAUCAAGGCGAUCAAUUCUGGCGUCUUGAGCUCCGCGGCUCUAUUCUCUAGCAACCUCGCUGCAGCGGCUCAAAUCAGCGACUACCGCGCCGCCCAAGACAUCUUGUACUUUGCACGCGGAGUGGAUACCACGCUUCUGGCUUUGGGGAGACGACACCUUGAGCGGUGUCAAAGCAGCCCACAACAGGUUCUCGAUCACUCUUCACGCAACCUGGCAUUGUUAUGCGCCAUCAAUCUUGCCGUGUUGGACGUGAACGCGGGCCAUGUCGAAGUGGCUCGCACCGCUCUUGAGCAGAUUACACAAGAAGUGAGCAGGAUGUCCCCUUCUCCGUACAGUCGCCAGCUGAGCCGAGCACGCACAGUGCUCGAAGCAGCCGAGGCUGCUGCUGCUCGGUCGCAAUCUCCAAAGGCGAUUGCCACCUCGAACAUUCCUGACCUGGUCGCCGCCGAGCCGUUCCUUCGUGGGGACAUGAAGGAAACCGAGGCUAUGGCAAAGGAUUUGCAACAACGGCAAACCUAUGUGUGCGCCUUCGGCUGCGGGCUGGUCGGGCCGCUACGCUGGACACAAGAGCUCAAUGCUGGCGCGCAGCUCGAUCUGAGCAAGUCCUCCAUGGUGGACGCGCCCAUCCAGGCUCCGACUCUGCCUGGCCGACUCAAGCGUCAGUCUCUGGCCGUUCUCGCCUUGGGUAUCCCCCUUGGGGAGGCUACCGCUUCCAUCAAUCCGUUUGGCAUGUUCCGCCACGUUUUUGUCAUCAGCACCCAUGCAUCGAGCAUGGAAGGCAAAAAUGUCGCCCACUGGGAAGCAAGCAGCCAAGCCACGAGCACCCUCGACGGCGACUGUGCUCUCGAUGUCAUUUGCCUUGGCCCAGAGACUGUCAAUCCAUCAGCCAUAGCAUCCAUCAUCGAACACCUCAAGGUCGGUGUUGUGCACGUCGUCACUCGCAUCGAUUAUCGCGAGGGCGACGCGCAUCACAUGCCAGCGCGCUGGUGGGAAGUCAUUGCUCACAUUCGCGAGCACAGACCUUCGAUGCGAAUCAUGACCACGCUCCUCCCGCAUGGAGAAGAUGCGCUCGUUCCGAAUGUCGACGCCAUUUGGGCUGCUGACCUUGCCAAACGCCAAGUCGCCGUUCACGCCGAGCAGGACGAUCCCCUUUCCAAGAUGAGCGACGUCGAGCGCAUUCAGGCCGAGGCGCUUUUGUGGGUCGACACGCUCAAGCAUCACGUCAGCCUCGUAGUAGCCCACGAUGCCACUACGGCUGCUGCUUUGGUACCGCUCUUAUCUGCUGCACGUGUGUAUCAUGGAUGGAGUUCUGUCGGUGGCGGCAGUAGUGCUCGUGCUGCUGCCACUUUGCAAGAAGCACUUUCUCCGCAAUUACCUCAGGGUAUCCUCUAUCGCACUGCAUUGGCUACAGAGUCGAUUGCAUAG